CCCCCAGACCUGGAGAGGUACUGUCCCACCCGUCGCUGAGCAGAGCAGAGGCACCAUGCACGGAGGCCAGGGACCUCAGCUCCUCCUGCUGCUGCUGGCUAUCUGCCUGGGGGCCCAGAGCAUCAACCAAGAGGAGCGCCUGCUUGCUGACCUGAUGCGAAACUACAACCCCCAUCUGCGACCCGCUGAGCAUGACUCAGAUAUUGUUAAUGUCAGCCUGAAGCUUACCCUGACCAACCUCAUCUCCCUGAAUGAGCGAGAGGAGGCCCUCACAACCAACGUCUGGAUAGAAAUGCAAUGGUGUGACUAUCGCCUGCGCUGGGACCCACAAGACUACGAAGGCCUGUGGAUACUGAGGGUGCCAUCCACCAUGGUCUGGCGGCCAGAUAUCGUGCUGGAGAACAAGCAGACAGCUGGUGUGGGGCUGUGGGAUCUCUGCCCACAGCUCUAUGCACUGGCCUGUGCACACAGUGUGGACGGUGUCUUCGAGGUGGCCCUCUACUGCAACGUGCUCGUGUCCCCUGACGGUUGUAUCUACUGGCUGCCGCCUGCCAUCUUCCGCUCCUCCUGCUCCAUCGCUGUCACCUAUUUCCCCUUCGACUGGCAGAACUGCUCACUCAUCUUCCAGUCCCAGACCUACAGCACCAGUGAGAUCAACUUGCAGCUGAGCCAGGAAGAUGGACAAGCCAUUGAGUGGAUCUUCAUUGACCCCGAGGCUUUCACAGAGAAUGGGGAAUGGGCCAUCCGACAUCGACCAGCCAAGAUGCUGCUGGACCCUGUGGCCCCAGCAGACGAGGCAGGCCACCAAAAGGUGGUUUUCUACCUGCUCAUCCAGCGCAAGCCCCUCUUCUAUGUCAUCAACAUCAUCGCCCCCUGUGUGCUCAUUUCCUCUGUCGCCAUCCUCAUCUACUUCCUUCCCGCCAAGGCGGGAGGCCAGAAGUGCACAGUGGCCAUCAACGUUCUCCUGGCCCAGACCGUCUUCCUUUUCCUCGUGGCCAAGAAGGUGCCUGAGACCUCCCAGGCAGUGCCGCUCAUCAGCAAGUACCUGACCUUCCUCACGGUGGUGACCAUCCUCAUCGUCGUGAACUCUGUGGUCGUGCUCAAUGUGUCCUUGCGCUCCCCACACACACACUCCAUGACCCGGGGCGUCCGCAAGGUGUUCCUGAGGCUCCUGCCCCAGCUGUUACGGAUGCACGUGCGCCCACUGGCCCCUGCUGCUGUCCAGGAUGCCCGGUUGCAGCUCCAGAAUGGCUCCUCCUCAGGGUGGCCCAUCACAACUCGGGAGGAAGGGGGCCUCUAUCUCCCUCGCAGUGAACUCCUCUUCAGACAGAGGCACCGCAAUGGACUGAUGCAGGCAGCACUGGAGAAGCUAGAAAGCGGUCCACAAAUGAGACAGACGCUGGAGUUGUGUGGCAACCUGAAGCAAGCCUCCCCCGCUAUCCAGGCCUGUGUGGAGGCCUGUAACCUCAUGGCUCGUGCCAGGCGCCAGCAGAGUCACUUUGACAGUGGGAAUGAGGAGUGGUUCCUGGUGGGCCGAGUGCUGGACCGUGUCUGUUUCCUAGCCAUGCUCUCCCUCUUCGUCUGCGGCACUGCUGGCAUCUUCCUCAUGGCCCACUAUAAUCGGGUGCCUGACCUGCCAUUCCCUGGAGACCCCCGCCCCUACCUGCCUUUGCCAGACUGAGCCAACCAAUCACUCCUGGGCCCUAGAACCAGCUGCAUGGGCCAUGCUGUCCACAGAACUGUAUUCUGUGUUGGGAUUUUGAGUGUCCUCCGUGGGAAGUACGCAAACAUCCCUGGGAAGAGAGAAAGGAAUAAAGAGCAGAGAGGGAGUUCUGGAGUGGUUGGCGAUGGGUGAGGUCAUUCAUGACUUUGGGACCAGCAUCCCUGUGGCAAUGGAUGGCUCCUGCAGAUACCAGUCUUCCACUUUCUACAUCCCUGUCACUUUAGCAGGGCAUUACUGACUCCCAGGCACUUGGAAGCCCUUCGGUUUUUCAUAAUGCCCUUGGCUGGGAAAGAUCUUAGCCUUUGAGGCCUGAAAACAUUUCCUCCUGCCUUUUUUUUAAGAAGUGUAUUUGAUAUUUUUAACUAGAUGUUCUAUGGGUGUGCUGGGAGUGGGUUGUGUGCACGAGUGAGGGUUCCCGUUGGCGGCCAGCAGAGGGUGUCAGCACCCUGGAGUUGGAGUUAUAGGUGGUAGUGAGCAACCAGACAAUGGAUGCUGGGAACUGAACUCAUGUCCUCUACAAAAGCAAGUGUUCUUAACCACUGGACCAUCUCUCCAGCUCCAACAUCUUCCUUUUUGUGGAUUUUCUCAGGAAGACAGUUGGUAGGAGAUGCGGGAACGCUCCUAAAAAAAGAGAACCAAUCAAUGCUGGGGGUGGGGGUGGUGCACACUCGGGAGGCGGAAGGCAGAAGGAUCUCUG